AUGCGCGCCUUCGAUAAGGGCGAGAUCAAGCCCGGCGUGCACCACCCCGACUGGGUCCCCGACUGCCUCCAGGUCGACCCGGCGACGCUGAACGCUCCAAUCAAGACCCUGAAGGACAAGUUCGAGCUCCUCCCCGCGUUCCUCAAGGUCAGAGGCCUCGUACGGCAGCACAUCGACUCGUUCAACUACCUCAUCAACGAAGAGAUCAAGAAGAUCAUCGCCGCCAAGGCGAACGAGAAGGUCACGUGCGACACCGACCCGAACUUCUACCUCAAGUACACCAACAUCCAAGUGGGCAAGCCAUCGGUGGAGGAGGACUUCAUCGUGGAGGAAAUCACGCCGCAGCAGUGCCGCCUGCGAGAUAUGACCUACGCGGCGCCGGUCACGGUGGACGUGGAAUACACGCGGGGUAAGGAGAUCGUCACGAACACCAGCAAGAACGGCGUCGGGGGGGUGACCAUCGGGCGGAUACCCCUCAUGCUUCGGUCCAGCCGCUGCAUCUUGACGGGGAAAUCGGAAGAGGAGCUCGCGAGGCUCGGAGAGUGCCCGCUGGACCCGGGCGGAUACUUCGUGGUCAAGGGGACCGAGAAGGUGAUCCUGAUCCAGGAGCAGCUCAGCAAGAACAGGAUAAUCAUAGACAUAGACAACAAAGGGGAGGUUGGCGCGAGCGUGACGUCGAGCACGCACGAGCGCAAGUCCAAGACGAACAUAGUGGUCAAGCACGGGAAGCUCUACCUCCGACACAACACCUUCACGGACGAGAUUCCCAUCAUGGUGGCGCUCAAGGCGAUGGGGUGCGAGAGCGACCAGGAGGUGGUGCAGAUGGUCGGGCCGGACACCGCGUACGCGUCGCUCCUGCUUCCUUCCCUGCUGGAGUGCUCCGCGCUGGCCAUCUUCACCCAGCAGCAGGCGCUGGAGUACUGCGGAGGCAAGGUUCGCAUGGCGACUCGCAUGAUGUACUCGCGGAACAAGCGGAGCAAGGUGGACGAGGCCAGGGAUAUCCUGGCGGGCGUGGUGUUGGCGCACGUGCCCGUGCCGGCGUACGAUUUCAGGCAGAAGUGCGUGUACGUCGCGAUUAUGAUUCGGCGGAUUUUGCACGCCAUGGUGGACCCGACGCAGGUUGACGAUAAGGACUACUACGGCAACAAGAGGCUCGAACUCGCGGGUCAGCUGCUGGCGCUGCUGUUCGAGGACUGCUUCAAACGGCUCAACGCGGACCUGAAGCGCCAGGCGGACGCGGUGCUGAGCAAGAGCAACCGCGCCACGCAGUUUGACAUCAUCAAGUGCAUUCGACAGGAUACCCUGAGCAACGGCCUGGAGCACGCGAUCAGCAGCGGGAACUGGACGGUGAAGCGCUUCAGGAUGGAGCGCAAGGGCGUGACGCAGGUGCUGUCCAGGCUGUCGUUCAUAUCCGCCCUGGGGAUGAUGACGAGGAUCACGUCGCAGUUUGAGAAAACCCGGAAGGUGUCCGGGCCGCGAGCGCUGCAGCCGUCGCAGUGGGGCAUGCUCUGCCCCUCGGACACGCCGGAGGGUGAAUCGUGCGGCUUGGUGAAAAACCUGGCGCUCAUGACCCACGUCACCACCGACGACGAGGAGGAGCCCCUUCGCUCGCUCGCCCACGUCCUGGGCGUCGAGCCGCUGCUGCUGUUGGUCGGGCAGGAGCUCCACUCUCCGGGCAGCGCCCUCGUGUUUCUGAACGGUCACAUCCUGGGCGUCCACCAGGACCCGGCUCGGUUCGCGUCGGACUUUCGUUUACUACGCCGCCGCGGACGCGUCGGCGAGUUCGUGUCCGUGCACACCACGACCGGGAACGUGUACAUCGCGUCGGACGGCGGCAGGGUGUGCAGGCCGCUCCUCAUCGUCGAGAACGGCGAGCUACUGGUGAAGCAGGUUCACCUGGACGCGCUCAAGGCGGGGCGGUGGACGUUUAACGACUUUUUGACGCAAGGGUUCGUCGAGUACCUGGACGUCAACGAGGAGAAUAACUCGUACAUCGCGCUGUACGAGAGCGAGAUCACGCCGGAGACGACACACCUGGAGAUCGAGCCGUUCACUCUGCUGGGCGUGUGCGCGGGUAUCAUCCCGUACCCUCACCACAACCAGUCGCCGAGGAACACGUAUCAGUGCGCGAUGGGGAAGCAGGCGAUGGGAAACAUCGCGUUCAACCAGCUGAACCGCAUGGACACCCUGAUGUAUCUGCUGGUGUAUCCGCAGAAACCCAUCGUGAAGACCAAGACGAUCGAGCUCAUCGGGUACGAUCGCCUCGGCGCCGGUCAGAACGCCACCGUCGCGGUUAUGUCCUACUCGGGCUACGACAUCGAGGACGCCAUCGUCAUGAACCGCGCGUCGUUAGACAGGGGGUUCGGCCGGUGCAUCGUGCUCCGAAAGUACGGGUGCACCAUCAAGAAGUACUCGAACAGGACCCAAGACAGGAUCGUGCCCCCGACGCCGGCGCAGACGGGGCCCAACGGCAGGCACAGGCUGCUCGAUAAGGAUGGCAUCGCAGCCGUCGGCGAGAAGAUCUCACCCGGCGACGUGUACAUCAACAAGCAGAGCCCGGGAAACACCCGCGAUCCGCUGCCCAACCCGCAGGCGAUGCCCGACUCGUUCUACAGGCCCACCGCGCAGUCGUACAAAGGUCCUCAGGGUGAAUCGUGCGUGGUUGACAAGGUGAUGCUGACCACGUCCGACGAGGGACAGUUCAACGUGAAGUGUUUGGUGCGACACACCCGCCGCCCCGAGGUUGGCGAUAAGUUCUCGUCCAGACACGGGCAGAAGGGCGUUUGCGGGACGAUCGUGGAGCAGUCGGACCUACCCUUCAGCGAGCGGGGGAUAUGCCCGGACUUGAUCAUGAACCCGCACGGGUUUCCCAGCCGCAUGACCGUGGGCAAGAUGAUCGAGCUGCUGGGCGGCAAGGCUGGCCUGCAGGACGGAAAGUUCAAGUACGGCACGGCGUUUGGUGGCGAUACGGUGACGUCACUCUCCGAGGUACUCGUAGAGCACGGUUUCAGCUACAACGGCAAGGACCUUAUGCAUUGCGGCAUCACCGGUGAACCGCUGGUGGCGUACAUCUUCAUGGGUCCGGUGUAUUACCAAAAGUUGAAGCACAUGGUGCUGGACAAGAUGCACGCGAGGGCCAGGGGUCCGAGGGUGGUGCUCACCAGGCAGCCGACCGAGGGCCGCGCGCGCGACGGUGGUUUGCGCUUGGGCGAGAUGGAGCGCGACUGCCUGAUCGGUUACGGCGCGGCAAUGCUGAUUCUCGAGCGGUUGAUGAUCAGCAGCGAUCAGUUUGAGGCGCAGGUGUGCACAAACUGCGGACUGCUGGGGUACAAACACCACGGGACGGGUCGGAACCUUUGCCAGCAGUGCGCGGACGGGGGAACGGUGAGCGCGCUGAAGCUGCCGUACGCGUGCAAGCUGCUGUUCCAGGAGCUGCAGAGCAUGAACAUAUGCCCGAGGCUGACGCUGUCGGACGCGUGA